GGUUGGACUGAUACCUGAUCAAUUUAACGUGGUGCGCUACUGGACUUUAACGGGGUUUGGUCGGCUUUUCGUCCGAUGUUCUGGGUUUGUGCGCUGAUACUGGCGAUAGUACAAAUUCAGCGUACAAAAUCCAUUAUAACCCUCAACUAUCCUACAAGAAUUAAUAAAUUGGUAUCAGUGAACACCAAUUAUCAUUUGAUUCAGUUGAAUGUUUAGCAAAAAAUUCAUUUCAUCUACGUCUUUACAUUGUUUCCGCAGUCCUCAUAGAAGUCUGUUUUCCGCUCAAACUAAGAAGUUUUAUAAGAAUGUGACUGUAUUUCAGUCAACUCAUGAAAAUUAUAAACAUCCAGUUUUUCAAAUUCUUCUCGAUCAACGUAAACUUCGGACUCCAACUGGAAUUCAUUUUCACGUACCGAAUCAAGCAUUAGCUGUCGCUGUUGCACAUGAAUGGGAUAGUCAGGUUGACACUAUAAAACGAUAUGCUAUGCCUUUGACAACAUUGUGCAAUCGAGCUUUGGAUACUCCAGCUGAUCAACAUGAUAUCCUAGUCAGCACUAUCAUGCAGUAUGCUGAUACUGAUACAAUCUGUUUCAGAUGUCAAGAACCAGAUGAUUUGGUUAAAGUGCAAUCUCUUUCAUGGGAUCCUAUCAUUAAUUGGGUUAACAAACAUUAUCAGAUUAAACCAGUCAUAACUGAUAGUAUGACUUCAUUGGCUAAACUAUCUCCUUUGGAUAAAGAGAAAUUAACACGUUAUUUUAACAGUUAUAAUAUAUGGGGUCUUACUGGUAAGUUAUCAAUGAUGUCAAUAAUCUCAUGAAUUUCUUUCUAAUAUAUUAUGGCUUAUGGUUGUAGCUUUUACCUCGACAUUGUGGCCAAGCUUGAACAUCAUCUCGGGAACACUUUCCAGCAACCACUUGAGGCUGUUCUGGGGUGUGAUAACAAUAAAAUAUUUCCUUUAAGCAACAAGCAUCUACAAUAAUAAUUCUUUCUCACGACGAAGGGGAAGAUUAUAAAUGAUCCACUCUGAAAAUAAUACACCCCAACUUCUCGAGUUUUGAUUGCCAGAUGCAAGUUCUUCAAAGUACAGUGUUAACACUAAAAACUUCACAAAACGUUACCUGUAGACGGCCUGAAACGGUUAUCUCUUAGGCCUUUGGAUAAGGAUCCCAGAUCAUCAGUGUCACUCGUAGCCCAGUUCCCUUAAGAAGAAGGAUACUUCCUUCGGAAUGAUCUAACAGCCUUUGAGAUCACUACGUUCUAACUCAAAUCCCUUCACUUUACAUUUUUUUCUGUUUUCAUUACCGACCUCCAUCUUUUGCCUCAGACUUUUUUCAUGCGUAAUACUAGUGCUGACAAUCAUCGGGAAUACAGGUGUGCAGAGAAUUAGUUCUUUGAUAAUGAUAGGUGUUGACAAAAUCUCGGUGUUAAUAGAAAGAACAAUUUUCUGUUAUGUCCUGAUGGCCUGUUAAUUAUCACAUGACCAAAUCACCAAUAAGAAAACCGACAUAUUGACCAGACCAAUGACGCAUAGAUCAGUACGAGCAGCCUAGAAUCAACUCUGAGUUUUAUUGGUCCUCCAAGAUAGUAGCUUCUCGCUUAACCCAUUCGGUUCAGUUCAGAACACCAAUAUCAGACUACGCUAUAUCAAUCAUGUAUUUCAGAAGUACGAAGACAUUAUCAUACCAUAAAAUAGGAAACAACAAUUAUACAAGAUUCAGCCGCAAGUAGCUGUGAGUGUGAUAGACUGUAAUUAAUAAAUUAGGAGUAAUUUAAAAACAGUAAAUCGUAUAAUAGUAGUUAAUAGGUCAAAUGGAAGGUUAUAAUAAGAACGAUAUGAAUGUACACAUAACACAGUUAUUUAAUGGUUAUACAAUGAGAAUAUAUAUAAUAGUAGUCCAUAAGUAGAUCCUAACGGUGGCUAUUCACUUAUUCUUCGUCCAGAUAUAACACUGUAGUGUUUUUCCUCAACCUCUGUCAUUUUUUUGUCGGUAAUGAUUUAGCCAUUGAAACACUAGGCUUGCAAUUACUAUGAUACACAGUUGAACCCUUUUUAUUUACAGUAGACGGUUGAUAUUAUCAUCAGUUGGUAUACACAAAAUUUAUCGUUCAAAGGUGACUAUGUAAAAUUGUAAACUUAGCUACUGAAGUUCAUUUCAAAAAAUCGAUCAAAUCAUGUGUGUGUAUGUGUUAGUAAUGUAGCUUUUUAUUUUAAUAUAGGAUACUUCACCAGUUCUAAUGGGUUGGUGCUUGACGAAAUCUCAACAUGAAUCCAGAAAACUCAGUCGACUUUUCUAACUAAAUGACGAGUUUUCUGCCUACUAGUUUGCUCUCCUCUACUUUAUAAUUGUGAAACAUGGUCUUUAAAAGUAAAAAAAUAUUUUUAGGUUACUGGUAUUCGAUUAUAGGUAUCUUGAAACAAUUGCCUGUAUAUUUUAGGACCACUGAUUUAGCAAUUUUGAGGUUAGACGCAGAGUACAAGGUAAGCUAUGGCAAAUCAAUUGACAAGGUAGUGAAUCUUUAUUGACUUAGUGUAUUAUGUAUACCCAUCCACCGACUACCUCGACAAGCGAUAAUUGAUUGUGUAGGAGUAGGUUGGGAGGAAGCUUAGGGAAACCAAACCAAAUGAAGAUAGUAAGAUCAAUCCGUGAAUUUGUUGACAAAAUUGUUUCUAUUCUGUGAUUAUUAAACAAAUAUUAUAGAAAUAAUGUAAAAAUCUAACUUGUACGUUAAAUUCUUGUUUGUGUGCAUUUCAUGAACUAGUUGACAUCGAUUACGGUGAUCUUGUGUGUGUUUCCGUGACAUAUAGCAAUCAAUUAUCGUGUCUAAAACCGCUUUUUCACUUUUUCUUUAAAAUAAAAUUUAAGGAGUUUUCACACUGUUUAAUUUUUCUUGAUUGUAGUUGGCAGAAAAUCAUGGAUCUAAGUUCCAAACUAGUUUUCACUCGGUGGCAAGGUUUACUUAAACUUUUCAAGAAACAGAUAUUGCUUAGUGGAUUCGAACCUAAGUUAUCAUUUAUUUUAGCAAGAAUAUUUCUUUAUUUAUUUAUUUCAACACAUAGAUAUUGGUACAAAGAGGCACCAAAUACAUAUACACCACACAAAUCUCAUUCGACAUGUGUGAGGGCUUUGAUACUGCCCGGGUGCCCAAACCGAAGCAGGUAGUUUUCUUAGAGGGCCACUCCCUGAGCCUUCGACCUGAAAGUCUGAUCCACAAGGCAGUAGAGCAUCGUGAGGAGAUCCAGUCACAUGGAAGCCGGUGAUCAACAAUUGGUUCAUUCGCCAUUUGUUCCCGCAGGAUACUGGAGCCCAUGUGCACCAUUGGUUUGGAAUCCGGUUAAAGCGCCGGACAUUCGCUUUUCGUCCUCUCGAUUUCGUAAACAACACCCGUGGAACGAGAAGGCAGUGAGUAGGACUUCCCUGGCAGAGGCUGUAUACGCGUGACCAUGUGAGAGCAUUUCGAGAGGGAGAGUGGACUCUCACCACUCUCGGCUGUACCAGGGCAUUUGGGGGCAAGGAUAAAUCCACAUUUGCGUUUGAUAAAACGUUUGGAAUCGAUGUUAUCUGAUUUCUUACUAUUCUACAUCAGCGUGCCUCAAUAGAUAUGCUUGUUAGGAACAUUUCACGCUUAUUCUCCAAUUAGAUUUCGGGUCACAAUGUAUUAUCGGUCAAUCAUAAUCAACACAGAGCCUGGCGUAUGUGUGUUUUAGUGCAUGUUCCCGUAUCACAUAAGGUCGAAGAGGUGAGAUUAGCAAACCAGUCAAAAUAAUAUAAUAGCAAUUGUAGUAGAAGAAAUUGAAUUUUGACAGUGUUUCGAAGUGACAUGAUUAAAAAGUGUGUGAAAGAAUUCUGGACCUCAAGAUAUAGGGCAAGAUAAAGAGUGAAGUUAUCAUGCCACUAUAAUCUAUCCUAAGCUACAUUACUCAGUGUAUAAAGACACUGACCACAACCCGGUAGUCUUCACCUAUGUACAAAUGAAUUCAUCGACUGACACCAAGUCUUAUUUUAACACCCCCCGCUCUAGUUUUCUUUGAGCCUGCACAUAUAUUGGCCAGCGUUGCAUGUUGAGGUAAGCAACGGUUGUACAUACAUAACACAUGUCUUAGUCACCCCAGUCAAUGAAGAUUCACAGCCUCCAUCUUUGCUAGCAUUCUAUGUCGAACCUCAAGAUUGCUCACUCAGUCAUUCUGCAAUUGGUGAGCAAUCAUUGGAAGACACCCAUGAUCAAGUACCCACAGCUUAACUGUGUUUCCUACUUCCAUAGACCAUGUUUUGAACGAUACAGUAUAACAGAGCAAAUCGCUGUACCGAAUACUCCCCUUCUGGUUGGGAAACAAACAUCUCACCUAUGCUACAAGUAGUGUUAUUUGACAUAGUCAACCAAACUUUCUGAACUCGUAUAACAUUUAUAAUAAAACGUGUUAUUGAAUAACUAAUUUACCGAUGAAAUAGAGAUCUAUGUUAAUUUCAAACACAUCCAGAGUUAUAACAUUAUAUGAGCACAGUGAUGCCCAGACUAACUUUAGGUAAACUAUAAUAAGCGUGUGUUUUCAAAGAUUAUUUUUCAUAUGUUACAUAAUCAGAUUUCUCUCUUUGUAUAUAUUUGUAUUGUCUUAAAAAUAAUAGGCAUAAAAUCAUGUGUUGAAAACUUGAAAUCAGUUUAUCUUACAUUAGCUAUGCUGGAUGGAUUUUGUUCAGUUGCAAAAGCUGUUGAAUUAAGUCAAAUAGAAAUGUUAUUUCAGGUUAAUCGAUGGGGAGAUGUUCCUUCUUAUCAUGAUGUUGAAAAUGCUGAUCUUAAUGCACGUGUAUCUGCUGCUCUAUUUUUAGCUUUACUCAGUCAUUAUCGACAUGAUAUAAAAAUAAAAACAAGUAUAAAAUAAAUCUGAUAUAAAUAUUUAUUGAGUUUUGUUUUUGUUGUUGAGAAGAAUAAAGAAAAUUAAACAUAAUUACAAUUAUC